UGCAAAUAUAUUUGCAUUAUGCAAAUAUUUGCAUUAUGCAAAUAUGUCUUGGGGAUGGGACCCAAGUCUAAACACAAAAUUAAUUUACAUUUUAUAUAUACCUUAUAAACAUCGCCUGAAGGUGUAGUUUUGUGCAAUAUUUUUAAUAAUUUUGUUCAUGAAACAAAGCAUUGACUGCAUUUUGACAUGCAACUCAUCCCAUGAGGUUAGGUGUGAAAUUUUCCAAUUGUGGUGUCCUGUUGGUGCUUAAAAAGUUUCAGAUUUUGGAUUUUUGGGUUAGGGAUGCUCAACUUGUAUAUUUUACAUACAGCAUAUGAUUCACUAAAUGUAUUGAAUGAAUUAAUGAAAGUUAAAGUUUACUUAGUAGGCAUGCUACUAUUUCAAAAGUCUCUUUUUCCGAAUUUGAUUGUAUGAUCCAUGGUUUAAUAUUUCAAAUGUUCUGUGUAAUGGUUAUUACUGUACUGUGAAGGUUUCUGGGUGUUCAUAGUGAUUGCUGCCCACAGAGGAACUGGAAGUACAUUUUUUGGAAUGAAAAUCAUGGUUCAUUCCCAGGAGUUCCUCAGCAGGGGCUUUGAAGCUUGUGCUAAGCAGCAGAUGUGCAGAUUCUCACGAGGAGUACUUGAGUACUAAAGAUGUUGUGUCAUAAUGCACAUUUCACUCAUUUCAGCAUUCUUACCCAGCACAAUCAGUUGUCACAGCCAUCCUCCAGUAAAAACCACGAACCAGGCAACCUUUAGGAAACAGGCUGGAAAUCUAGAAAUACCCCUAGGUGUUUGCAACAUUUUUUUUAAGAUUCUUAAAAAUCUUUGACAGCUUCCUGUGCUGGGAGUCUCUCUCCAGCGCUUUUGCUUCUGAGGUUGGUAGCUUUCAGAAAGACUGCAAUGCAGCGGUUACCAGAGUCCCUGUUAAUAUGGAAACAACCCGUGGUGAAGUCUUUUGCUCCCCUUCACAACUGCUGACUGUUGCCGGCAAUCUGAAGGAGGAGGUAAUGAAGGUAAUACUCCCGUGGACCUGGUGGUUUAGUGAUUAGAAUGUAGGCGAUUUUAUGAAUGCUCUGGCUAGCACAGGCAUGUCCUGCAGCAGCUCUGUUAAGUUACUGUUGCAGUGGGCUUCCUGGGAAUGUGAAAUUGAAGAUGCCUUUGCAGUUUGUACACAAUAAUUUUGUUUUCGUCUCUGUGUUCAGAUGGUGGAUUAUAGAAAGGUAAGGGACUUUAAAAAUCAUGCAUAUGUCUCUCGUAAAUGUUGAUGAAUACCCCUGGUCAAGAUAAAGAAUUAUGAUUGAAUAGAUCUCUUCCGAACCUAAGAAAUAAAACUUGAUAUUUCUUGUUAAUGACAGUUUUUGACAUUUGAAAAGUUAUCUUAUUUGGUGUUGACAAAUCCCCUCUAAUGAAUUAUUGAAGAUGUUCUUUGAAGAGAUCUGCUUUUUCUUUAACUUGCUAAACAUAGUUGAAUUUCAGAGAUGUAGAUACGGAUGUAAUAUAUUUGUUUCUUUAACUUAAGCAACAACAGUUUCAUUAAUAUGAAGGGAACAUUUUGUUUUACAAAAUCUUACCCAUAUGGCUAUAGAUGAUGAAGUCUUAUUUCCUUAGUUCUUAUUUUGCCUUCAGAUGAGCAUUUUCAGAUGUGUGGAGCUCUGUGCUUAUCCAUGGGGCUAGCUGGGUCCUACGUCCAGCUGGUCCUCUUUUUUUAUGUUAGAGGGAGGCCAAGAGUCAGAACUGAGAUUUAUUUUGCAAUGAAUUGGUGGCCCCAAACUGUAUUAAAUGCAUUAUGGGUGGUAAUUUAUAUGUCCAAUGCCAGGAAACAUGAUGUCGGGGUUACCAUGGCAACUGCUUGCAUUCUGAAAAGCUUAUGAAUGGUUCUGAACCUUCUGGCGUUUUAAGUGAGAUUUUUUCCAGCUGAGAGCCUGCAUUCAUGAUUAGUGUAAAUAAAUUCAGCUUUCCAUGUGAAGCACAUCCUUUCUCUUCAUCUUGCCAGAGUUGUCCAUUCAGCUUGGUUCUUUCUUUGGUGACACUGCCUUGGUCUCUUGGUUCCUGACAAUAGACUGUCGUUGAGAGAUGGUUUUCAACUUCGGGCUGGGGCACUAGCCUGUGUGUAUAAUAUAUUGCCACCUCAGUCUGUGGACUGUGUAGAAUGGGGCUGGCAUGUCCAUACCUUCUGAAGAUGGGCAGUAUGCGACACCCCCCAAAACAUAAUUGUUGGUAUGGUCCUCGCAGAGCUUUCUAUCCAUCUGAAGAGCUACUUUCCAGUAACACACUCCAGGGCUUUCAGAGGGCCUGACUUGAACCAUCCCUGCCUGUUUCCAGGAUAUCAUGGUGGUUGGUUUUGGGGAGGGAGGCCCAAGUUAGACCCAUGUUCAAACAGUCAAACUUGUGAAAUAAUAAGUGAGGGCCUAUCGUCUUUGUUACCAAAGAAUUGUUUGCUGUUUGUUAGAAAUACAUGUAGCAUAAUUUCUUUGAAAACUAGUUUCCCUUGUGCAUUUAAACUAUAUUGAUAUGUUGAUUGCAUGGGACUGAAACAUCUGUUUGUAAUUCCAGGGAGCCUGAGGUCUGAGGGCUGGAGCCAGGGAGGAGCUGCUGAGGCAGCCCAGGGAGGAGGAUAGCAUCGGUAGCAUUGUCUGCUGAGGAUGUAGCUCUGGGAGAACACUUUACACUCCUGUAGAAUUCAUUCUCUGUUAAUGAACAUUAAGAUAAUAGAGUUUAAACUUGAAGAUAGAUUCAAGCACAUAUCAGUGGCCACAACCGUGGCUUAUUUGUAGGCCUCAAUUAAGAAUCUUUGUCUUAAUUCAAUCCCUUUAUUUUUACAGAUGAGGAAAAUGAGGCCCAAAGAAGUUAUGCCACUUGGUUAAGGUCCCAGAGCAGGUCAAAACCAGAUCUAGGAUCAGAAACCUGGCUCCUGGCUCUCUCUUCUUCUAAGGAUCGCCUUUCCUGACAAAAGAGGUAAGGAACUCCACUACAUGAAUUGAAGAAGGAUAAGGUUGGCACUGCUUUGCUUCUUUCUUUAUUGAAGUUUCUUCCUCUCUGAUCAAGCUUCAGCAUAUCUCCUUACAGCAUAUGAUACACAGGCAGCAAGAGGCGGCGUGAAAUCAGGGCUCCAAAGGAGCAGCUCCGCCCGGCCCGCCAGCACCUGCCUCCCAGGACACCCAGGACCUCGGGAGUAGAAAGAGUUUGGCACUUUCUUUUAAUUUCUCUUUCCUAAAAUGGAGUCAAGUAAAAAGAUGGACUCCGCUGGCCCGCUGCAGACUAACCCACCGCUAAAGCUGCAUCCUGACCGCAGCGCUGGGACCUCAGUUUUCGUCCCUGAACAAGGAGGCUACAAAGAAAAGUUUGUGAAGGCUGUGGAAGACAAGUACAAGUGUGAGAAGUGCCGCCUGGUGCUGUGCAACCCAAAGCAGACCGAGUGUGGACACCGGUUCUGCGAGACCUGCAUGGCUGCCCUGCUGAGCUCCUCAAGUCCAAAAUGUACAGCGUGUCAAGAAAGCAUCAUUAAAGAUAAGGUGUUUAAGGAUAAUUGCUGCAAGAGAGAGAUUCUGGCUCUUCAGAUCUAUUGUCGGAAUGAAAGCAGAGGUUGUGCAGAACAGUUAACGCUGGGACAUCUGUUGGUACACUUAAAAAAUGAUUGCCAGUUUGAGGAGCUUCCAUGUGCGCGUGCUGACUGCAAAGAAAAAGUCUUGAGAAAAGACCUACGUGAUCACGUGGAAAAGGCCUGUAAAUACCGGGAGGCCACAUGCAGUCACUGCAAAAGUCAAGUCCCCAUGAUCACAUUGCAGAAACACGAAGACACCGAGUGUCCUUGCGUGGUGGUGUCCUGCCCUCACAAGUGCAGCGUCCAGACUCUGCUGAGGAGCGAGUUGAGUGCACACUUGUCAGAGUGUGUCAAUGCCCCCAGCACCUGUAGUUUUAAGCGCUAUGGCUGCGUUUUUCAGGGCACAAACCAGCAGAUCAAGGCCCACGAGGCCAGCUCCGCAGUGCAGCAUGUCAACCUGCUGAAGGAGUGGAGCAGCUCCCUGGAGAAGAAGGUUUCCUUGCUGCAGAAUGAAAGUGUAGAGAAAAACAAGAGCAUACAGAGUUUGCACAAUCAGAUAUGUAGCUUUGAAAUUGAAAUUGAGAGACAAAAGGAAAUGCUUCGAAAUAAUGAAUCCAAAAUACUUCAUUUACAGCGAGUAAUAGACAGCCAAGCAGAGAAACUGAAAGAGCUCGACAAAGAGAUCCGUCCCUUCCGGCAGAACUGGGAGGAAGCGGACAGCAUGAAGAGCAGUGUGGAGUCCCUGCAGAACCGCGUGACUGAGCUGGAGAGCGUGGACAAGAGCGCUGGGCAGGUGGCUCGGAACACAGGCUUGCUGGAGUCCCAGCUGAGCCGGCACGACCAGAUGCUGAGUGUCCACGACAUCCGUCUGGCCGACAUGGACCUGCGGUUCCAGGUCCUCGAGACCGCCAGCUACAAUGGCGUGCUCAUUUGGAAGAUCCGAGAUUACAAGCGGCGGAAGCAGGAGGCCGUCAUGGGAAAGACCCUGUCCCUUUACAGCCAGCCGUUCUACACGGGCUACUUUGGCUAUAAGAUGUGCGCCAGGGUCUACCUGAACGGGGAUGGGAUGGGGAAGGGGACGCACUUGUCGCUGUUUUUUGUCAUUAUGCGUGGAGAGUAUGAUGCUUUGCUUCCUUGGCCAUUUAAGCAGAAAGUGACGCUCAUGUUGAUGGAUCAGGGAUCCUCGAGGCGUCACUUAGGAGAUGCGUUCAAGCCCGACCCCAACAGCAGCAGCUUUAAGAAGCCCACUGGAGAGAUGAAUAUCGCCUCUGGCUGCCCAGUCUUUGUGGCCCAAACUGUUCUAGAAAACGGGACAUAUAUUAAAGAUGAUACAAUUUUUAUUAAAGUCAUAGUGGAUACUUCGGAUCUGCCCGAUCCCUGACGAGUACCUGGGGAGGAGGAUUUAGCAGAAGGUAACUCCUCUGGGGGGUUUGAACCAGUCUGUCUUCACUGAGGUCCUCAAGCUCAGAAACGGACCUUGUGGAACGGAGGAAGCGGCAGAAGGUGGACGCACGGCCGGCAGGAGGAGCCACACACGAACACACACCUGACAUGUUUUCUAUAGACUAGUAACACUUCACUCUGAAGAAUUAUUUAUCCUUCAACGAGAUAAAUAUUGCUGUCAGAGAAGGUUUUCAUUUUCAUUUUUAAAGAUCUAGUUAAUCAAGGUGGAAAACAUAUAUGCUAAACAAAAGAAACAUGAUUUUUUCUUCCUUAAACUUGAACACCAAAAAAAGAAAACACACACACAUGUGGGGAUAGCUGGACAUGUCAGCAUGUUAAGUAAAAGGAGAAUUUAUGAAAUAAUAACGCAAUUCUGAUAUAUUCAUUCUGAAAUUCAAGAGUGCAACCUUGUUUCAAAUAUAGUAUAUUGUCUAUUUUUAAGGCCUCAUCUGGUCUCUGUUUUAAUAAUUUGUUUGUCAGAAGACCCUGAAUUACACGUAGGUCUUUUUUUGAAAGUCUCUAAAUUCAGAAUCAUUUUUUAAUUUAAAGUUCUACAAAUAAUUGUUACUGCAAACAUUUUAUUUUAAAACGUUGAUAGACUGAUAUUUCUUGGAAGAAAAUGUAAAAUAUCAAACACUGGUUAUCACUUGUGAUAGGAAAGAGAAUAUUCAAUCUGUUGUUAUUUCUCGUUAGAAAUGUAAACCUUCAAUAUCUGUCGUAGUUAAUGACACUACUUCAAAAUUAUUAUGAAAGGAACAUUGCUCAUGGAUGCUGUGCAUCAUUUUCAGAUUUAUAAUUGUUUUCACCCUAAAAUAGGGCAUUAGUUGAACUUUGGAGUUCUGACAAAAUCCUGUAGUUUUUAAAAUUCUGCCCCAUGUGUUCAGACGAGCCCUCUGUGGCUGACAGCACCGGCCUUGGUCUCUGUGUCCAGUGUCCAGGGGUGGGCAGGGGUCUGCGCUGAGGGCCCGGCAGGUGUGUCUCUUCAUUCUGUCAUCUUGCUGCGUUUUGUUAAUGAUCUCCGAAAGCAACAUCUUUGCAUAGAGAUGGUGGCAUACGGUACAUGUGCCUUAGAUGUGACAUGCUGCUUCUUGACCCUGGGUUUGCAUUCAGCAUAAUUCUAGAAAGUGCUAGUUUAACCAGACUUUUCUCUCCACCACUAGAUCCUUGUCUCUACAAGGCCCUCAGACAACUCCGUACCCGCUGAGGGAAGCCAGGCUCCACCGUUGGCUUCUGGAGCCUCCACUACUUAAUUACUGCAGAUUCCAAAUCUCUAGGCCCCAAAAGUGAGCUGCCUGGUCCAAGUACGGCUUGGUCCCACCCCGAGAGAGGCAGGUGUGGGGCAGAAGCCGAGCCUCUCCGUGCCCCCACCUGGGCUGUGGGGCCCACACAGCUCGAAGCAGAACCCUCUGAGCAUUCUCGAGACCGCUGCUCUGGGAGCCUGCCCCAGCUGAUUGACGGGCAUUCCUAAACCACCACCCUGGCAGGAGGGGUGGCCACAGGGCCUGUUGUCCCAGCCUGUGCCUGCCCGGACGGCAUUCUCUCAACUCACUGUUUACUGUCUCUCAAAGGUCCAACUGUGAUGAGAAGCCUGGAGCCCUGCCCUGUACCCCUUUUGCUAUGCACCACGCUUCAUGGUGCUCUUACCACUGAUGGGUGCUACACGUGACGGGUGCUUCUUAGGCAAAACCAAUGUGUGCGAACCACACCUGUGCCACUUGUCCAACAGCCGCGCCCACGAUUGGCCAGCUGGGCCGCGCACUUCAGACUGCCUGCCUCUGGGCUCUCCCCAUGGCCGUGCGGGGACAGCUUGGCUGGUGCCUGGUGGCCCACCUUGUCUCUGGUGCUGCCGUCUGUCCUGGGUGUGCCUUCGCCCCAGUGCCUGCUGGAAGUGCCCUCCUGUCACACACCCAUCCCCGUGCUUCCACGAGGGACCUCACUGGUUCCAUGCGCCUGCCAUGCCCCUUCGUGGGUAAAACGCUUGGUCGUUCUCAUCUGCCUUUCCUUUCUCCACUCUCCUGGGGUUGCUUUGGGGGCAAAGUGGUGUCAUUGGUUCUGCCCCCAUAAAAGAGUCAUGUGUCCCUGCUCAUACAGGAAGGACUUCCUGCAGAAGCUCAGAAAACACUCUUCCCUCGAAGGUGUCACCAACCUUCUCCAGGUCUGUCCCUUGGGUUCUACCCUGGAGGCCUGAAGGAGGGAGGACCUCCUGGCAGUCCCUACCUGGCCUCCGAUGGCUUUCCUGAGGCCAGAGAUUAACAACAGGGACAUACCUGCAACUUCCUUUCCCGUCACUAAAAGUGUGUACAAUAUUCAAACAAAUUUUAGGGUAAGCAACAUCUUGGUCUGGUAAAAAAAAAUUCCCCCUCUCUGGAUUUAAGUCCUGGUCUGGGCAUGAGCCACCCAGAAGCACUCUGGGAAGCAUCCAUCACUUGUUGGUGGGACAUUCCUAGUAGCCCUUCCUAGACAGAUGUUCCUGAUGGGGUGCAGCAGGCUCCCCGGCCUCCCACCUGAGGGGCCCAUGGGAUGUAACUUGAGUAACUGGCACUGUCCUCCAGGGUGAGGCUUGGCCUGUGUCAUGAGCUUCAUCUUGAUGUGAUUUGAUUGUACUGGGGAGCAGGUACCUUCUGGUCUCUGUUCUGGCUACAUCUCUCGGGUACUCAGGACGUGGGAAGGUGGCUUCGACGGUGUUUCAAGCUGUCCUGGCUGUGGACAUGCCUGUGUCACUCCAUCCUAGGACUCCUCGGUGUCCUGCCCCGGUGCCGCCGCCUGGGCCGCCCGGGCUGUGGUCUCCUCGAUGCUGAGGCCCAGCUGCCCGCAGGCCGGGGAUCGGCCUGCCCCACUUCGAGGGGUCCUGGCAGCCAGAGUGCGGGGUGGGCAGCGCUCUGCGGGUCUCAGCGCCUGCUUCCCUUAACCAAAACUAACAGAAUUCCCAGCAGGACAGAACUGUUCAAUACUUUAAAGAAACCAACGCUGAAUCCUUUGUGCAUGAAUUAAGCCGGUCUGUUACCCUGUCACCUUCCUAACGGAAAUGAGAACAACUUCCUGUUUCUACUUCCCUCGAGCAGUUUCUCUUGAACCCUGUAGCUCCGCCUUUCCCUGCUGCUGGGUGUUUGUGGGGAUGCUGGGGUGCAGGUCACUGCUGGCUGCAGUGGUCUAGGCCAGGCACGUGUGAUGGGCACAGCUCUUCCUGCGGCCACGCCAAGCCACGCACAGGCUGCAGUGGACCCACGACGGGGCUCGCAAGCUGGAUCCUCUGGUUCUGGGGCUUGUGCCAGUGGAGCCUGAGUAGCUGGAAGUCAGGUGUGUCUGUGACGGCGUGGGCCGGGCUGUGGUCAGCUGUGAGUGGGGGCCUUUACAGCAGGGUUGGGGGGGCCGGAGCUCUGGCCCAAGUGGUCCACAGGCCUCUUAGCUCUGGCUCCUGGCUGGGCUGGUCGGUCUAAGCGAGACUUUGUUUAUAAGCUUGGCUUUGGGCUGCCCACGUUGACAGCACAGAAGCAGCAAGACAGAAUUUGAGCUGUUCUAAGACUUGCCAAGCAAGAAGGUGGUGCUUUUCCCCGAGACCAGGUCUCACUGGGGCCCUGGGUUACAUCCGUGACGUGCUGGUGUGUGUUCACGUGCAGGUGGGCAGAGGAGGGUGCUCGUGGUGACCUGUGUCUUGACUCCAGUCCAUGACCCCUUCCUAGAGCAGCCUCUGCCGAGGGAUGGCACCACGUCCCUUUGAGGCCCAAACGGCUGGUCGAACUGGGAAGCUCUGCUCCUUCCCUGCCCUUCUUGUUCUCCUUGGCCUGUGACACCAAGGAGUCACGGUGUGAAGUGUGGUGGCUCCUGCUUCCUGGCCACCCACUUACCUCCACCAGGGCCCUGCAGACCCACCCACCCGCUGCCACCACUGUCCACCAAAUUGGCUCUUUGGCAGAAGGCUGCCCUGUGGCCACAGGAGGCCCACCUCAGCAAGGACAUAGGGUGUCAGGUGCAGUCCCACGGGGACAGCCAGCCACCUCCCCAGACUACCCCAGUCUGCUCCAGGAUUAGGGGCCGUGUGUCCCGGUGGACGCCUGCUAUCCCGAUGUCAUCGGCAAAGUGCCCCCUUCACUGGACAGUGUCCGUGGUGGUCACCCGUGGUGGGCCUGGCGUGUACAGUCAGAGGACAAUGCGUGGCAAAGGAAAGGGCAACUGGAUGGGUCCUCAGACAACAGCAGUGUCCUGAGGGGCCAAAGGGAGACCAGGAACACCUUCUUCCUUCUGCACGUGGAGGGGUGGCACCCGCCACAGACACUCCAGCCCAGCAGGGGGCAGCGUAAGGCUCCCUGGGGGGGCCUCUUGCCCCUUCCCCAGCCCUCCCAGGCGCCUCCCGGUGCUUGGGGUAAUUAGCGCAUUGAAAAGGGCUCGGGCAGAGCUGUGGAAUACUAUUUUUUUACUUUUAGUCCAGAUCUUGUUAGACUGUGGAAGGAAAGCCAGGGAGAGUCCUGAGAGCUCCUUCAUCUUGAUGUUUGUGAGAUGAAUGAGGGUCUGUCACCCAAAUCUACUUCUCAGCCCCAGAUCAUGGUUCUGUCUUCCGUUUGCAAAUCUCAGUAGCUCUGUUUUCUCCAAAGUAGAGUGUGCCCGUUAGGGUCUGGGUCGGAUGGGGUCAUUGUUGGCAGGUGGCCUGGGCUUCGUCACUGUUUCAUCCUGGCUGGUGCUCACUGUCCCAAGCACUGUGACAUUAGGGACCUGGGCUGGUGGGGGUGUGAGGUGAGGCCUGGAAACCUUCUAGGGGCUUUUUCCACCUGUCUCAGGUGUCCUGGACACCAUUGUGGGGCAGGCAUGCCGCGCCAUGGCCCCCCUUGGGGCCAGUUGUCGUGUGGCUGAGGAGGCCCUUGAGGCCGAGCAGAGCUUGCAUUCCAUUUCUCCUGUGCUGUGUCCGCGUCUGUCUUGUGAACUCUCGCCGUGAAGAAGAAGUCCAGGGUCGCUGCACCACUCCUGUAACUAGUGGUGGUUGGUUUUUAUAACUUAGCCCCUCAGACAAGUAAGAUAACCUUCAACAGCAAACUAAAUGACUUAAUUGGAAAACACAAAAGCUGGCAUUAUUUCCAAGGAUUUCUAUAAGAAAUAUCUACAGAACGACAUCUGUGAUAAAGGAAGUGUAAAUCAAUGUAGACAAUUAUGUAACGUUUUUAGAAUUGCAUUCUUUUCUCUGACGGCACACUUCUUGUGUUCAGUUCUAUUACCCAAAACAAAGACCAAAGAAGGCCUGUCUCUCAUUUGACUCUGUAUUUUUAAUCUGCCUGUUUUAGAAAUUGCCGUCUGUAGUAGCCGCUCGCUGCGAGGACCCAUCUUGACAGUCCAAGUGAUUGUGACCAGUGAUUCACGUCCUGUGUUUUUCUGCUCUUCUAAGAAAAAACAAAAAGUAUAAGUUAUUGCUCAGCAAUAAUCAUGUUGUUCCUGAGUUAGCAACAUGUCUUAUUUUCUGAUAGCAUUAUUAUGUUUUAUAUUUUUGUUUACUGUAUAUUAUGUGUGGUUUUAUUUGGUAUUUAUUUGUGUUUUGAGGUCUUGCAAUGUUUUUGUGUUUCUGAUGCUAAUAACUAAAGUUUGUAAGACUGUAGAAUGCAAAACUUUGAAAUGCUAAACUGUCUUAUUAGAGGAAAAUAAAUCUGACUACCGAGUCU